AUGUCAGACUCAUCCGACGAGUCGGGCCCCGAGGGAGCUGGCCUCGUGCAAAAUGAUGCCUCCGACUCUGAAUCGUCCGGCAGCGACUCCGGAGCCGAGAACGGCAACGGCACUGGCUUCCUCGACGUCGAAGCGUCUGAGUCACUUGGCGGCGACUCGGACGACUCAUCAGAUUCGGAUUCAGAAGACGAGUCAAUCCUGGGCGAAGGCCGACGUCGUGCGCCCCGCGUCUUCUUUCCGGAAUUCCGCAGGCUUCCCAUCGAGCUGCGCCAUCGCAUCUGGCAGUUCUUCUGUCCGGACCUCGCUCUCUUCCCACGCGUUCUUUCUUUCCAGGUUGUCUGCUCUCCGAAGCAAGAUAGUAUUUGGGAAAGCGCGACCCUGGAGAACCAGAUUGCCGCGGCGAGCGCGAUGCUCGCCGUCCACCACGAGAGCCGCGAACUCGCCCUCAAGGCCUUCCCGGACACACUGGCCAUCCGCGAGGGACGCCGCCUGGUGCGCUUCCACAAACACCGGGACGUUGUGCACCUCAACAACCAUAAAAAGAACUGGAGGCACAACAUGAAUGUCCCAGGAUUUUCGGAAAAUGUCGUGAACCUGGCCAUGGACACCGACCUGAACCCAUGGGAAAUGCGGCUACUCCUUGCGUUUCCUAACCUCAAGAACGUCUUCGACUUCACCUGGCACAAUGACCGUCGCAUACCGCACAGGAUGGGCUGGUGCGCCUCUGACAGGAUACACCGCUACGAGAUCGAGCAGCUCCGGAAGAACGUCCACACUGGCGAAGACCUGCACUUUGUCUACUGCUGGCCGGACGUCGAUAAUCACCGUGACUUUGCGCAGGAGAAGGUCGGGAUGACGGAACGGUUUGAGGCCGCCAUGACAGAGGUAGAGGAGAUCAGGGAGGAGCGCUCGGAUUUUAUGGAGGACGAGGAAGUCGCGCGUCUGGGCGAGAUCGACUAUUGGCAGAUGAUGUGCUUCGGCUGGGAUGCCGCGGAUCGAUUCGAAGCCUUUGUGGCAAAGCAUGGGGCCGCCGACGGAGACAUGCCCGCAGCCGAUGAUUCGGGCGAUGAUGAGCAUAGCGGUACGGAAGAAUCCGACGGCUCGUCUGAUCAGAACGAGUACGAGAGUGAAGGUAUCGAUGACGCCACAAUCGACGGGGAGUCUAGCGACGAAGACGAAGACGACUUGGUGAUCGAUACGCGGCAGGCAAGCGACGACGAGGACGACGAGGGCGGAGCAUCGGAUUUUGGCGGAUUUUCCCCGCCGAGAGACGAGGACGGCGGCAUGAUGGUGGACGGCUCGGGGGCCGCGGCCCACUUCUCCGGUCCCGAGCCGGAGUCUGGCGACGAUCGACCUCGGCCGGGUGGCAGGCGCGCGCGGCAGGCCGUGUCCUCGGACGAGGAAGACGACGACGACGACGACGAAGAAGAACCAGGUGAAGGCAAGGUAGAGGCGCCCUCGCGUGGCGCAAGCCGGCGCAGCGCCGUGAUCCUUUCCGACGAGGAGGAGGAGGAGCAGGAAGACGAUGACGGGGCACCGUCACGGAGCACCGGCCGCCGCGGCCCCGUCGUGCUCUCCGACGACGAGGGCGACGAAGAUGAGGCGGCGAAACCUGCGCGGCCUUCGGGAAGACGGGCCCGAGUGCUGCCCUCCGACGACGAGGACGAGGAUGAGGACGAAGGCGGCGUCGACGUCCACGCGAAGGGCGGCUCAGACGACGGAGGCGAGCGGGCGGGCGCGGGGGACAAACCCCUCUCCCUCGCCGAAAAGCUCGCCCGCAACCGCCGCGACAACCCGGUGUCGGACGAAGAGGAGGACGAGGAGGACGAGCCGGCGCCGCCCGAGAAGAUGUCUCUCGCCCAGCGGCUCAUGACGCACCGCAAGCGGAACCCCAUCGAGUCCGAGUCCGAGACGGACGGGGGAUCCGAGGGCAGCGUUGUCGACAGCGAAGAUGACAUGGACGAUGAGGAUGAGAGUGAGGAAGAAGAGGACGGUGAGAAUGGAAUGUUCAUGAAUAUGGCGGACGAUGGCGAGUCCGACGACGAGGGAGAUGAAGAAGAAUACUAG